UUUACAACUUGGAGCUUCAGACACCGCACGGACCUCAGUUGUCCAGCUCAUGGCAGAACGUGUGAUCAUCUCUGCGGGCUCCUGCUUCAGGCUCCAGACAGGCUCUGGCCAAGGCAGCUGAAAGGACAAGAAGCAAGAAGCUCCACAGCCCCACAAACAAGAGCUACAUUGCCCCUCAUGAAGGAGAGGAAAUCCAUUCUGACAUCUUAUGAAAAGAUUUCGGUGGCUUGUUUACAGAAUGAACCCUGAGCCGACAGCUUCUGCUGGUCUGUCUGGAGCGUGUGGCUUUGCAGCUGGGCCAGAUGUAGCUCCAGGUUCUUUUGCAGGAGGUUCCAACGACGUCCCGUUUUCCGUCUUUGUGUGUCGGUUGUGAUCCAGCGCCGGACUAGAGGCAUGCAAUCCACCCCUGCUCAUCCUGCAGAAAGCUGCCUAGAUAACCAGCAGGUGAUCGGGGCCCCACUGCAGCCUGGAUCUCAACUGGGGGGACCUGGGGGGACAGAAACGGUCACCUCUGAGAUCAAACCACUCCAUGACGUUCAGUACAGGGUAGUGAUGAUGCUUGUCCAGUGAGCUCGCUGUUCCUUGAAGACGAGACGGUGUCACGACACCACGUGCCAGUUUACGAAAGAAGCGAGCUGAAGCAGAGAUGCCGCUCCCACACGCCCUCCCUCCAACGUCCCCAGCACCUCACGGCCCAGCCAUCGUGGACAAGACUCCUGGCAGAGCCAGGUGGCGUCCUGGAGGCCACGCAUGUGACAUGACUCCUCAUGUCACAGAUGGGGAAGCUGAGCUCAAGGGGCGCUGACUGGAUCAGGUCACAGCUGAGCAGUGUCUCAGCUGCUUGUCUGGACUCGUCCUGCUGAAUCGUGCUGUGUUAGGACCAAAAGAAAGGAAAACUCCUCCUCUUUCCACCUCUCCCACUGCUGCUGCUUGCUGCCCACACCCAGGCCCUCUGCUUAGGAUUGCGGGACAACCAGUACAGUCCCCACGAUCAAAUUGCCCUUAGAAAUCUCCAGUCUGAUGUUCCAGAGAAGAAAUCUGACUUCACUGAGGGGACUCUGGCAUCUCAGAACACAAAAAUGAUUUCAUCUAUAGUCAUUUCACAGCUGAUUGAUGAGAAUAAAUCAAAAGAAAAUGGGGCUGAGUUGCCUGUGCCGUGUGCAUAUCCCAUGAAGCUGUCGCUGGCUAAUCGCAGCGGAGUCACUAUUAACAGGGCCUUCGAGUUCCUUCCCGGUGGACUAGGAAUUCAGACACUGGCGGGGGGGCGAGGCCCUGCGACAGAGCCGCCGCGCAAAGAGGAGAAGCCGUGCGGUGGCUCCCAGAAGGGAUUUGCUUCCAUCACCAUCACGGCCAGGCGCGUGGGGCCCCCUGCCCGCACCCUGGUGUGGGAGGCUGUCGGGAACCCGCUCUGCAUCAAGUGCAGGACCCAGGAGGCUCUGCUCGGGGACCCCUCUGCUCUGGCUGGUGGUGCCGAUCCGGGUCGGCACCAUGGACCUUUCACCUGCACAGAAUUCUCCAGAAACAGCUCUGUGAUGGGGCUGAAGGUCCCUGAAGCCCACGCACGGCUGUGUGAGGGACACAAGUACUGGAUCACCCAUGUGGACAGCAGGGAGGGCCAUUUUUCUCCAAGCACCCCACGGUCACAGGCGGGAAAGAGCCCGCUGCUGUUCAGCUCCUGUGUCCAUCUCAGAGUGUCUCAGCCGUGUCCAAAUUCCAUCUACUAUCUGGACAGGUCCCUGUCUGUCCCCAUCGAGCCACCUCGACUUGCUGGCCCUAAGAUGCACAGAUCCGUUCUGUCCCUCAACCUAAAUUGCAGUUCACACAGAUUGACACCAGAUGGGGUAGAUGGCACAGCUAACGGAGCGCCAAUAAGCAGAGCCCUGAAGCUGGAGCUCACGGAGCGAAACCAGAAGCUCCUAGGCCCGCGCUGGAACCUAGGUUUGCAAGAACGUUUCUUGAAGGAAAACCCAUCGUUGGGGCGGGUACAUCUGGGGACUGCGGGAACCGGCAUGUGUCCUUGGAGAGGCUCUCCUCCACUGGAAAAUACAGCUGCGGGAAGUAACCACGUCACUGUGAGAAAAGGGAAGGAGGACCAUGCAGCUCAUUGUCCCACCGGUGGUCAUCGUCAUGCCAACCACCUGUCCAUUCACAUCCCGGGCUGGAGUUACACGGCAGGAGAUUACACGUGCUGUGACUUGGUUGUUAAAAUAAAGGAAUGCAAGAAGAGUGAGCAGCCCACCAUGCCCGAGCCCGAGCCAGCGCCCACUGAGCCAGAAACCCCCCAGGGACCAGAGACCCACGACCUGCAGGAAGACUGUUCCAAGAGCCAGCAAAUGCCCGCAAGCUCCUUGACCUUGCAGGAGGCCCUGGAAGUCCGCAAACCUCAGUUCAUUUCUCGCUCGCAAGAACGUCUGAAGAAGCUAGAACACAUGGUACAGCAGAGAAAAGCCCAGCGGAAGGAGAGCGUGGGCCAGAAGCAGAGUCUCCUUCCUGUCCGCGCCAAUAAGAAGCAGUUCACCGUUCCCCACCCUCUUAGCGAUAACUUGUUCAAACCGAAAGAAAGGUACAUUUCAGAGAAGGAGAUGCACAUGCGAUCUAAAAGAAUCUAUAAUAACUUGCCGGAAGUUAGAAAGAGAAAAGAAGAACAAAAGAAAAGGGUGAUCUUACAGAGUAACAGACUCCGGGCCGAAGUCUUCAAAAAGCAAUUACUGGACCAGCUCCUUCAAAGGAACGCAGUCUAACCACAGGCUGCCCUGCUGACCCUCUACCUGGACCUGGGAUGACUUCAAACGCUGGAUAAGCCAUUAAACUUAGCAUUAUCUUCAUGACGUGAAACACUGAUUUUACUUUUGAUUUUUUUUUUUUUCCAUAAAGGAAAGCAUAGCUUCCUGAAUUGCUGACCCAAACCAAGCAGAAACAAUAACGCUUGAGGAAAUGGAUCAUCAGACUGCAGUGGGGUAAUCAACUCAACUGGCCCCACUCGAUACAGUCCCUUCAUUUUUUUUUACUUCUGAAUAUUAUCUUUUGCUUCUGGUUUUUCCCCCUACCAUUUCCACUCAGGCGGAAAGGUCUUCUAUGCUCAAGUGGGCUUAGAUCCCUGGGAGCUGGGUUUUUUUUUUUCAUCGAAUUUCUAGGACCUAAAAUACAUCACUUUCAAAAUACCAAUCUCACCUUCUGCCAGUUCUGCAAACUCCAAAUUUGGGGAUAUCACGCAGUGUGUGUGAAACCUCUCUGGGUGUGUGUACCACGUAAUACUGAAGGCAGACUUUGGAACUAGGCAGGCGCUCUGCCAGAGGCUGGGGACAUGUGACCUGUUUCUUGGUGACCUGGGGGGAUCAGAGCAGCCCUCACUACUCCCACCCUACUCCCAGGACCUGCCUUCGUUUAGCAAAAGAGCCUAUUUCCAUGGAAGUCAUGAGGGCAGAAUUGGCUGAAAAAAGUUGUAGGUAACUUCAGUGUUUUCUGUAAACCCUCCAGCCCCCAAAAAUAGCUGUGUUGCUGAAAAUGGCCUGAUGGCUCCAACUCUAACGUUUGUUCCUCCAAACAAUUACAAUGUCCAUUAUUUAUGAAUGUGCGUUUGGGGA